AGAAUUCCCAUAUCAUUUCUUCAUGACGAGCAUAGAAAGAGCAGGGAUGAAAGAAAUAGAACUUUCGCGGGAACUUAGUAAACUCACUAUUAAGUCUCCCAGAAAGGCUGUUGAGAACUCUCUGACAGAGGAUGAACUUGAGAGUUGUGGAAAGUUUAAAGUGAUAUGCGAGAGUGAAAAUGAUUAUACCGACAGUGAUGAAGAGGGUUUUAAAAAUUGCGUUACAGACAAUGAAGACGAAGAUUUGAACUCCAAAUUUCCAUUGGCUUCAGAUAACAGUAAUAUAAAAAAUUUUACAAAACAGAUUUAUAAAACUAUCUAAUUUUUUGACAGAGAAAGAAGAUGAGGUUUUGGAUAUGUAUCCUGAGGGUGGCCUCCCAACUCAAACCAAAAGGGGUUAUAGAUGAUUGAUUAUUUAAAAUAUAUGUAUAAAUAUGUACUUUAUAUCAAACCUCUUAACUACAGACCAAAUUUCAAGUAAAUAUCGUAAACCGAAUGAUGUUCCUUAUCCGGAGUUUACCUCUCCAAGUCCUGCUGAUCAAUACAACACUACAAGGCUAUAUUCUCCGGGAUCAGAUUUUACACCUCUGAUUCCUGCAACCGUAGAAAAGUUUAACGUGAAAAGCCCUGAGUUAGAGGUCAAUUAUUACUCUCCAUGCCCUUCUGUACGAAGUGUCGAAAACUCUCCAAUUGAUAGAUCCCCAUGCUCUUCAAAGUCAUUCACCUCGUCUAAAUCUAUACCAUUGGAAAAUUUUCGGAGAAAAUAUUGCCCAUAUUCAACGCAAAAAAGCGACACAAUCUCAUGGAUAGAAAAAAGUAAGGAGUUUAUAGUGGACUCCCCUUUGACUGCACUUUACAACAGGAUGGUUGCGUUAUAUGCGUUAGACGACUUGAUGACUUUAAAAGAAGGCAAUAAUACUUUCCAUACCUCUGUGAAAAAAGCUAAUGAGCUGAAGGGAGACGCUGUUGGUUUAAAACGUCAACGAGAUUACUUUGCCGCUAUGUUGCGAAGAGCCAUUCCACAAUGUGCAGAAGUAAUAGAUGCAAAAAAUGCAGAUGGAAAGACACCAUUAGAGUUAGCUGUUCAGAACAAUGAUUAUCAACUGUCUAGAUGGUUAGCGGAGAGUGAAAAGACAGAUCCAUCACAUAUAAUUUUGGAAAUGUUAAAAAUUGGAAAAAAGUCCGACUUGAUAAUGUUUCGCUGUCUGUUAACAAAGAAGUAUGCUAAUUACUUAUAUGAAGAGAUAGAUCAAAGUCCCCUUUCGGUGGCAUUGGAUAUUUUUCCAGAGAACAAUGACAUGAGCUAUGCUCUCUUCAUAUUUGAGUUGGUAGGAAGUGGAGCUGACCUUACCUUUUAUGAUAAGAACAAAGGAAAAACCUGCAUUCAGAAGCUGACUGAGACAAAUGAUCUUGUGCUUAUCGAAAAUGUCAUGUUGAAAAUUUCGCGAGAAGAGGCACGACGGGUUUUAAACUAUCAGCACGAAAGGAAGCAAGAUAGUAUGGCCUUGUACGCUGCACUUCAAUGCGACGAACUCAAACGAACUAAGUUUGAGGAAUAUGUUCACCUAAUAUCAAUGUACAUCCAUUUGGGAGCUACAAAGACAAAGCUUUGUUCACAAUUAGCGAGUGAAAACAAAAUUAUCGAACAACUCAUAAAAGAAUGUAAGCAACAUCGUAGACCGGCAGUGAAAAAGGAUUCGUCCAAUUCUCCCAAGCUUUCACCUUCGGCUAAAACUGGAGAAGAUACACUAUUUGAUUUAGCUAAUGAAAAGCAACAUCGUAGACCGGCAGUGAAAAAGGAUUCGUCCAAUUCUCCUAAGAUUUCACCUUCGGAUCAAACUGGAGAAGAUACACUAUUUGAUUUAGCUGAUGAAAUUCCGCUUAACUUUGAGCAAACAGAUGAAUUUCAACUAAAUGAAAUAUUAGCUUGUCUAGAGAAAGAUGCAAGUGGAGAUUUUACGAUUAAUUUCGACUAUAAUACCCCCGAACACAAAAUAAUAUCCCAAAACACAGCUGUAUUUAAUCAAUAA